AUGGCGCGAGUCAAGGCGAAAACGGCGGCCGAGUUUCAAGAACUGGUGGCAGACAUGCUGAAGGAUCUCCUGCCCAGGAUCUUGCUCUUCGGACGGAAGGUUCCGAAGGCGAUUCCGGUGGUGGCAGACGCCAUGGCCUUUAUUGCCCACCACUUAGAGUGGCAACCAAGGUCGCAGUGCCCACGCAGCUUUGGGACCAAGCCGCCGGCUGCCAAGAAGCGGCGCCCAGCUCUUGCGUGCCUGGAAGCGCUGGGAGAAAGCGAUGACCAGCCCCCUGCCGAUGCGCUGGCUUGUGUGGCACAGGUCUUGGCAAGCCUACUGCAUCGACGGCAGCAGGUCGUUGCUGCGAUUGGACCGGCAGGGGCCGAGUCGCUCCUGGUCAAGCUCAGCAGGUGGUCGUUGCAAAGCAUCGAUUCCACUGUGGAACCCUUUGCUCGUGGAUACCGCACCUUUUGCAUGGGAUCGGCAGCGCCCGCACCGGAGGGCCUCGGUGAGCUGCUGGCACCGCCCGCCUGGCUGACGCCAGUGAGGGUCACUGUCUGCGCGCAUCAGCUGCUGAUCUCCGUGGACUUGGUCCAACUUCGCCAGGGCCGAGAGUCGCUGCGUGGACCCGGCAUUUUAAUGCCUGCGUGUGCCGAAGUGCAGAAGAGCUGGGUCGCCGGGGUGUUGGAUAUUCUCUACGCAUUUCCAGGACUCGAGCCUGGACUUGCCUUGGCUUGUAUCCAGCUCCUGCUGAGGCUUUGUUCCACCCAGAUCGGUGCCCACGCGUUCCUCGAGUAUCAGCCGAAGCUCUCGCUGGACGAGGAGGGCAAAUCGCUGAAGGCUCCCUCGGAGACGGCCGGCGGCAUGAUCCUGUUGCUGCGCCUGGCGAGGAAGACGAUUUUCACUGGCAUGCUGCAGAUGAUUGCAGACCUGGCAGUGACCCUCAUGGAAGAGGGCUCAACGCUGCAAGCGCGCAUGGAGAACGAGAUCCUGGCCCUCUUCUCUCCGCAGGUGAAGACACUCCCAAUCAAGCAGAUCGCAAGCCGCUUGAACCACUUGUUCAUUCGCAACCCAGACAUCUUCGGAGAAGCCAUCAAGGCGGUUACUCAGAAGGCACAGGCUUCAGAUCAGAACUCCAUUGUUCUGGAGCCCUUGCCGGAAGCAGACAGGUCGAAGCAGAAGCCUGCUCCACACGCGGGCGCGCUGCUCAUGCUGCAAACCCUGGUGUCCGAGAUUUGCUUCAAUCUCGAGCUCCAGCACAGCACCGCCUUCCCGAAGAUCUUUGACGCAUCGAAGAGGCCCGAGCCAGAGGCCGGAGACAAGAAGAAGGAGAAGGAGAAGGACAAGGCCGAGAAGAGCGACAAGAAGGAGGAGACAGAGAAGGAGAAAGACAGUGCUGUGAACUCGAAGCUUCCCCCACUUUUCCCUUUGGCCUUGGACUCCAAUGCUUUGCUCUUUGUCCUCGAUGCCUUGGUCACUCGAGUGCCGGGCAUAAGCGCACUUGCCAUGAAGCCACCUUUGCCGGUUCCGGGUACAAAUCCAAGUAACCUACCUGAGCCAUCUUUGGCUGUGCCCGACCGCUCUGAACGGCUCUCGCAGAAGAGCCUCUUGCUUGUUAUGACGCGGCACUUGCUUCCGCGAUUUGCGCAGCUGGCAGACGUCUGGCAACAGCAGAUCCAGCCACUGACCAACAGUCAGAAACUACAUUUGACCCACACGGGGGCCAUUAUCCCGAUGCAGAAAUGCAUGCCCCACCUGGCCACCACCUUGGCUUCCACCGCGCGGCUCUCCGUUGAACCACGCCGUGCCCUGGCCUCUGAGGUGGUUCUCAGCACCAAGGCCUUAGCCGACUCCGAGUCCUUUUCUCCUGCGCGGCUCUCCUUCGGCACGGAGGUGGCCGCCGUCUGCGGCCUUGUGGCCAGGCUCCUUGGAGCUGCUGCUGCCGUGGACCGCAAAGAGGAUACGAGUAAGGAAGACGCCGAAGAGUCGAGACCAGGCACCUCCGAUGCCAAAGACAGUCAAGGACAGAAGAAGACGAAAGGCAAGAAGGAAUCGAACGUCUUCUGCAAUCAAAGUGAGACACAGGCUCUUCGUGAAUCCCUGGUGGCAAUACUGCUUCGGACAGAUCUGCAAUGUUCGGUGGUCAUGGCCGUGGCCACCGGCAUCGUGAAAUGCUUGGAGUUCCUGACGCGACGGGAGACGAAGAACCGAGGCUCCCAGGGGCCCUUUUCGCCGGAGCCGGCACCGCCCAUGUUGCUGGAGGGAGAGGACGGCCUCGGGCCUGGUCAAGACUUCACAGCUGACUUCGGUGUGGGCGAUGGCGCCGCGCAUGACGACCUUGACAGAGAUGACGAGGAAGAUGACGAGGAAGAGGAGGAUGACGAUGACUUGGCAGAGGAGGACGAUGAGGAAGCCAUGGCAGGAAUGGAGGGUGGACACCUCCCCGAACAUGAAGAUUUCGGUGACGAGGACUAUGAUGCAGAGUUCGACGAGGACUAUGGGGAUGAUGAUAUCAUCACCGACGACCUCCUGCAUGGCGAUGACGGAGCCGAACCCAAUCUCGCCACCAUCCUGAACAAUGCAAUCCAUGUGAUCGAUCAGCAAGUCCAAGGCUUCAACCCUGACCAGAUGGCCAUGCAGAUGAACUUUUCGCCGGACCUCGGAGAUGCACCACCCCGCCGCGCUCCACCGCGGGUUGGUCGGGGUGGUAUGGACUUCCUCGGUGUCACAGUGGGCACUGGCUGGAGUGAGCCGGGAUCUCUGCUUGGCUGCUUGACGGUCUGGGAAUCGGUGCAGCUCGUUCCCGGACCGGAUGCCUUCCGCCAGAUCUUUGCAGGUUCCGGCCCGACUGGAGGAGCUGCUGGAGUCAUUGGCGGCCCGGGUGGGGCGCAGAUUGUGAUCACGGGCAGCAGCAACCUCCUUCCGUCUGCAGCUAUGGGCGGCGGUGGUGCAGCCAUGCCUGCAACAACUAGCCGAGGUGGGGGUGCGCUUGCAGCUGCUGCCGCCGAAUCGCUCGACAUGGCAUACGGCGAGCUGGCGGGCAGGCUGUCCGACGAACUGCGCAAUGCUCCGACAGAAUCCAAGGAUGCGCCGGCCACAGAGACCCCUCAAGAGUCUCAGGCGCCAGCCCCGGCCGACCCACCCGCGGCACCUGCGGAAGGUGAAACCGUGGCUGCCCCGGACAUUCAUGCGUGGUCUGUGCAGGUGGCAGAAACAGAAGCGACGCAGACGGUGGUUGAGGUGCCUUCAGACGUUGUGGAUGAAGCUUCGGAGCUCUUGGCCCGACUGAACGCAGAGGAGGCUGAAGAGCAGGUCGAAGAGGCACCCGCGGAGGUCCAGGCUGAGGAGCCCCAGCAAGAGGCAGAGGAAGCCACGGAGGCUGCGGCUCCUCCUGCUGCGGAGGAUCCAGCCGCUGCUUUGGGCAUCGCCGAGCUUGAGCGGCUGGCGACCAGCCUCGGCUGCACGCAGACGGCCCUUCUGCAGGCCGCAGAGAUCGACGCAUCCGUCGUGGCAGAGCUCCCGGAGGACAUGCGUGGAGCGGUGGUCAUGGCGACCUUGUCACAGGUCAACGUCGACCACUUGCGCACCCGUGGAGCCGCGACAGAGGGUGCUGGCACUGGCCCAGCCCCGGAAGCAGGCUUCGAUGAGAUCGAUGCUUCGGUCCUAGAGGCCCUCCCGCCCGAGAUCCGAGAAGAGGUCAUGAGAGAGGAGGAAAGGCGGCGGCGUGAGCAGGAGCGUGCCCAGCAGCGGGCUACUGAAGCCGCUGCCACCCAAGCACAAGCCCCACAGGCCCCUGCGGCGGCCAAUGUCAUGAGUGGUGACAUGGACAACGCCUCUUUCAUAGCAUCGUUGGACCCCAUGCUCCGGGAAGAGGUCCUGAUGACUGCCCCAGAGGAAGUGCUGCAAACUCUACCUGCCGAGCUGGUGGCAGAGGCCCAGAUGAUCCGCGACCGCGCCUUUAUGCGCAUUGCCAGCCAUCGGGAGGGGCCCCCACCGACGCAGCCGCCCCCGCAAGUCCGUGCUCCGCGACCACAGCCGCAGACACCAGGGCGUCCGCACCAGUAUUUGCAGGCAAUGGAGCAGCAGCUGUCGCAACUGGCAGGAGGUCGUCGUGCCUGGCUGCAUGGAACAGAUGGCCGUCUCAGACAGGCCAGUGACGACUUCAUGGCGCAGCUUGGCCUGGCACUGGGCGGCUCUCGCAGUCGACAGGCUGCACCAUUGGUCGCUGCCACCGGUGCUGGUGUUGGAACUCCGGGCCUCUCUUCCUUCGACGAGGCUGACCGCGCUCUCCUUGAGCGUCUCGCCGACUACGAUGAGGAAUCCUGCCAGGGCCUGGAGCCACCGCUGCCGCCCUCCGCCCUCCCCAAGGUCUGCCAGCUUCUUUACCUUCGCCACGAGGUGACCGUGACUCCGCUGACGCGGCUCUUCUUCAACUUGUCGCUGCAUCCAGCAACCCGACAGUUCACCUUGGGACAGUUCCUGGUUCUCCUAGUCAAGGAGCCGCAGGCCGUCGGAUGCGGCGAGACAUCACUUCCACCGGCGCACCUGUACGAAGGACUUGAGAAUGGGCCAAUCUCCAACGCCACAGAGGUGAAGGCAGUGGGAGCCCAGCGGGUCCUUCAGAUCUUGGCCUAUCUGCUCAGACGAAUCCCUCAGUGCGGCGAGUUCUUUGCCAAGCCUUUGCAGAAGGAGCCGUGGUUGGAGGGUGCGGCCCCACUUGUCACUGGCGGCCAGCUUUCAAGCCUCAUUGGGCAUCACUCAGUCAAUGUCCUACUCCGCCUGUUGACGACCAAGUUGUUCCUCGCCUCCUCACGGCAUGCAGCAUGGCUUCUUGCCAUCCUCCACUCGCUGCUGGUACCCGUCAAGGGAAAGAAGGACGACAAGCCUGCAGAAGCGUCAGGACAGGAUGAGGCAACUCCCGAGGUGCCCGGCGAGGAGGAAGACAAGGAUGGGAAGACCAAGAAAGAUCCGCCGGCAGAGCAGCAGAGCCUGGAGCGUUGGACGGUGAUCAACAAGAACAUGCACGCCGUGCUGUCCCAAGAGAGUGUCCUGGCACUGUGCCACUUCCUCUGCCAAGCGGGAAGCGGCCACGGAUCCACCGGAGAGGCAGACACCUUCCAAAUGGCGGGUGAGAUUCUGGUGGCUCUCGCUGCCUCGCAGGAGCACCUCACCAUGGUCCGGGCAGACCUCAUGCGGGUCUUGGCCGAUCUGGUCACCAACAUCGAAGCGGACUUGGCCAAGUGCGAACCUGGCUCGACGGAUCCUUCCACCAUGGAGACGCGACUGCUGCGCCUCGUGCGCACCCUCGCCGAGGUCUUCAAGGAGGCCGCGAAAGCCAGUGCGGAUCAGGAGCUUAAGAUCGAGGACUUCCUCGGGGAAGCUCGCUUGGAGGACCUUUGGACAUCGCUGGAUCAGACCUUGGACCGGCUCCACGACACAGAGGUGUUUGCGACACCGGCACAGCGCAUCCUCUCCACUGGGGUUGCGCCUUCCCAGCUGCGGAUUGAAAGCUCCACCGGAUCCAGCAUGAGUGGAACUUUGGCAUCGAAUGUCCAGACAACUCCUCCGAAGCCGCUGCUCAACAGGCUGCUGCCAUUGAUCGAGGCAUUCUUCGUGCUUCACAACGGCUCCAAAGAAGCAGACCUCGAAGCAAAAGAUAAGGACCAGAAGAAGGCCCACGAACAGGAGGGUGGCUCAUCCUCCAGCUGUCCUGGGAAGCAGGUCUUCGCGGACCUUAUUGAGGUGACUUUGGUGGAGAGGAGUCGAUUUGGCCAGUUCUGCAAGCAGCAUCGGCGUCCGCUGAACGCAUUGAUCAAGCAGACUCCCUCACUCUUGAGCAAGUCCUUCUCGCCUGUGUUGAAGCACAUGCCGCACUGCCUGGACUUUGACAACAAGCGGGCUUACUUCCGAUCUCAGCUGAGGUCCAGGCGGAUGGAGAGCCGCUAUGAGACUAUUCGCCUUCGCGUGAGGCGGUCUGAGAUCUUCAUGGAUUCUUACCACCAGCUGAGGAACAGGACCGGUGAAGAAAUGCGUGCGAAGAUCCAGGUGCAAUUCCAGGGCGAGGAAGGAAUCGAUGCUGGCGGCGUUGGAAAGGAGUGGUAUGGGGCCCUUGCCAAAGAGAUUUUCAAUCCCAACUAUGCACUUUUUGUCCAAGCUGGCGGCAAAGCCUGCACUUACCACCCGAACCCGAUGUCCUACGUGACGAGAGAUCAUCUAGACUUCUUCCACUUCAUUGGACGGGUGAUUGGCAAAGCGAUCCAUGAUGCUCAGAACUUGGAGGCCUGGUUUACUCGUGGCUUCUACAAGCACAUGCUGGGCAAGAAGGUCAUCGCUGCAGAUCUAGAAGCUUUUGAUCCGGAAUAUUUCUCCAAUCUCAAAUGGAUGUUGGAGCAUGACAUCACCGACAUCAUCGAGCUCUACUUCUGUGCAGAAAGUGAUGACUUUGGUCAGAUCAAGGUGGUCGACUUGAAGCCGAAUGGUCGCAGCAUUCCUGUGACCAACGAAAACAAGUACGAGUACAUCCAGCUCAUGUCAGAGCACAAGAUGACGAACUCUGUCCGGCAGCAGAUUGAUGCUUUCUUGAAGGGCCUGCACGAGAUCGUGCCACCCGAGCUGCUGUCGCUAUUUGACGACAAGGAGCUGGAACUGCUCAUCUCGGGACUGCCGGACAUCGACAUUGAGGAUCUCAAGGCCAAUACGGAAUACCACAACUACACGGCCCAGUCGGACCAGAUCCAGUGGUUUUGGAAGGUGCUCAGCGAAUUCAGUCAAGAGCAAAGGGCAUGGUUCCUUCAGUUCGCGACUGGAACCUCUCGUGUGCCUGUGGAAGGGUUCAAGGGUCUUGUCGGAAUGCGUGGACCACAGAAGUUCUGCAUCCACCGAGCCUACGGUCCUGAUCGAUUGCCUUCUGCCCAUACGUGCUUCAAUCAGCUCGACCUUCCCGACUAUCCCUCGGAAGAAGUCCUCCGAGAAAAGCUGCUCCAGGCGGUCCACGAAGGCCACGAAGGCUUCGGCUUUGCCUGA